GAGGCAUCAUACAGAGGGUGCGUUUCAACUUUGAACACACUAAUCCUGCAAGAUCCUCUGAUCUUGCACAGAAUCAACUCGCGAACCAUCUUUAUGGAAACUCCCUUACACGUUUCAGCUUUGCUUGGCCACCUUGAUUUCACAAAAGCCCUUCUUUCUCACAAACCCAAAUUAGCCAUUGAGUUGGACUCCUUCCAAAGCACACCUCUCCACUUAGCUUCUGCAGAAGGCCACAUCGACAUAGUGAAGCAGUUGUUGCAGUACUGUGAUGAUGCGUGCUUGGUUCUUGACCAAGAAGGGAGAAUUCCCUUGCACUACGCUGUUAUAAGAGGGAGACUCGAGGUUGUUGCAGAGCUUAUUAGAGUAAAACCUGAGUCUUUGAGGAUCCUUGACAAGGGUAAAACUAUUUUCCACUUUUGUGUCACGCACAACCACUUGGAGAUCCUCAAAUCUUUGAUUGAAUUGGCUAUUGGCGACACUUACGAGCUCCUCAAUCAGAGAGACAUGGAUGGCAAGAACACCAUUCUCCAUUUGGCUGUUAUGUCGAAGCAAGUUGAGACGGUGAGGUAUCUCUUGUCAAUUCCUGAAAUAAGAGAACUGUCUAACAUGGAGAACGGGAUGGGUUAUACGGUCCACGAAAUUCUUGAGCAAAUUCCGCAGGACUUGAAGAGCCUUGAAAUACAAGUGAUACUGAUGAACUCUGGCAUUAACAGUACCGAAAGGAGAGAAGUGAAGGAUCGUGAAGGCCUAACAAGUACUAAUGUCGGCCAAGGAAUGAGACCUCGGAAGAAGUGGUGGAAAAAUAUUUUGAAGCACGUGGGAAAAUGGUUUAAGUAUAAGUUUAAGUAUAACGGUGAUUGGUUAGAAGACAUGAGAGGGAAUUUAAGUCUUGUGGCUACUGUCAUCUCGACCAUAACCUUUCAAGCUGUAAUCAAUCCUCCAGGAGGCUUCAUUCAACAAGGUAUUUUUAAUAGUUCCAACACCACUUCCAGUUACGAGAAUGCUUUAGGUAUUAGACAAGGACCCCUCGGUUGCUUGCCACUUAGUAAUGGCACUUAUUUUGCAUGUCCUGGGGAAGCGAUACUUGCUUUUAAGCGUCCAUCUUACUUUUACAGCUUCAUGAAUUACAAUACCAUAUCCUUCGUUGCAUCUCUUGGCGUUACACUUUUGCUUGUGAGUGGAGUUCCUCUCAAGAAUAAACUUGUGAUGCGGAUUUUAUCAAUAGGCAUGAUUAUAACUCUCACGUCCCUUGCACUUGCCUACUCUUUUGCGCUCUACAUGAUAACCCCAGGCCUAUAUUAUUGGAGUAAAUCGACUUCCGAUGUAAAUGUCAAAGCCUACAUUAUUUGGAUGGUUUUGCUUGGAUUCAUUGGUCUAUACAUCAUGACCUACUUUUUCAUAUGGGCAGUCAAGACAUGCAUGAAGAUGAUCAAGCAUCUGACGUCAAUAUGUCCAAGGAACAGAAACGAAAAUGCCAUUGGUUGAUGUGAUCUCAAUCAAUAUGUGUGUGUGCUGGGGGAGUAGCUAGGUUGUCUCACGCUUCUAGAUUGAAACGUGGGGUCACACACGUUAAUAUAAUAAUAUGGAAAGAGAGGGAGAAAGAGCACAAAAUGAGAUCCUCAACUGAUUUAUAAUGCGAUUGCUUCCUUCUCCUAUCAGUGAACAAAAUUGAUCAGACGAUCCUCUCUGGCAGAAUUUUAGUAAACAGUUUGAGUACUAUUAUUGAGUUCGUAUUUUUCUUAGAUUUAGUUCUCCUUUUAUAUAAUUUGUUUAUAAUUGUGUUGCUACUUUUUAUUUAUUUUUCAUAUUUAAGAACAGUAAACUUAAUUCAUUCCUCAAGCCAAAUAUUUUUCUUCCA